UUUGGCAAAUGGAAAAAAAAAAUGAAAAUUAAUUGGCAAGAUCUGGGUAGAUUUAACACCCGGAAGUACCUAAAACGACAGUCGUCCGGUGUAAACAUGACGAGUGACGCUAGCCAGUGCGCAGCUAUCAACGCGCAGCAUUUGAACAUUCGUAGUUCGAUCGGCCAUAUUGUCCUCCCGGGUCUUACACAACGCCCUCACACGAACGUUCUCGACUUUAUGAGGUAAGCGAAUAUUUCGAGGUUUCGUGUCGCAAGCGAACUUAGCACAACGUGGAAGCACUAUUCCGUGUGAAGAACAACGAUUUUCAGAUUCGUGGGAAUCUGUGCCAGCCCAGUCGCGAGCUGAACGCAGGACAUUGGUAAGUUAUAUCCAGCACGUAGCAGAACGAACAGUAUUCCCUUCCGUUGCGUCCUCCAUAUUGAUGACAGCGCCGACGGUGAUAAUUUUCUGAAAUUUUUGUCGUUAAUGCCCCCUGUGUCCUGAAAUCGAAAGCACCCGCGUUGUCUUAAAAGCUUUCCGACAGAAUGCGCAACUUCGGAGCCUCUGGUGUUCGAUGAAAGUCCACGGGUACGGAACCCUGGAGGCCUUCCUACGUAUUUCCACAGGCUUCUUCGCCCAUCACGGCGCAAUCACAUUCUGCCCAUGGCGUCAUCCUUGUUCGCAUUACCCGCUUCGCGUGUUACAUGGCGUUCCGCGGCAGCGUGUGUCGCUUCUGUCAAUCCCGUUUGGUAUUCCAGCGAUAGAACGCUCUGAUGCUCGGUUACGAGGAUUUUAACGCGUGAUCUUUGAAGUCACUUGAGGUCUACAUAUUGCAUGGAUAAUUCAUAAAUGUUGGAGUCAAUGAGUGAUUAAAGACACAGAUAAACAUCCUCCUGGCAAUUAGAUAUACUAUACGAAUGAAAGAAAGUGCAUUUCUAUGAGUUAAUGAUUUGAUCAUGACAAGUAACGUAGCAACGAUUAAAUUAGAAGAGGGACAAGAAUCUGUAACAGAGAUACAGACUUAUUUAGAAACAUUUAACAAAGAGAUAGAGGGAGGUCAAGGAGAGCAAUUGCAACAUGUACAAUUGCAACAGGUGGAAGGAUUGUCAGGUGGAGAGGAAGGUGGAACUUACUUUGUUGACCAAUCUGGUCAAUAUUAUUAUCAGGCAAGUAAUGAUGAAACACCUGUGAUGACACAAGUGCAAAUUCAAGAAGUAGAAGAAGCAGACGUACAAAAUGAAGGAGAGGCACCUCAAGAAGAACAAUAUAAUGAAAUUGAAGAAUUAGAAAAUGUUGAUGGUGAUGAAGAUGGUCAGGUAACCAAUAAUGGAAAUAAUCAGGUUGUAAUCAAUUCUGGAGAUGCAUAUCAAACAGUUACCAUUGUACCAUCGGAUACCAAUCCUGGUGAAGUUAGUUAUGUGUUAAUAGUUCAGCAACCUGAUGCUGAAGAUAAAGAAAGCAGACCAGUAGAACGAGAGGCAACGGAAGGUGAAGAAGGGGAAGGAGAACAAGACCUUACUGUUUAUGACUUCGAAGAUAAUGAAGAUAAUGAAGCACCUGUGGAAUCAGAAGCAGAAGAUGAUAAAACCAAAAUUAUUAAAUUCCUACCUAAAAAAUCACAAACUGUUACUCAAGCUCACAUGUGUAAUUACUGUAACUACACAAGUCCAAAACGAUAUCUAUUAUCACGUCAUAUGAAAUCGCAUUCUGAAGAAAGACCACAUAAAUGUAGUGUUUGUGAAAGAGGAUUUAAGACAUUAGCUUCACUUCAAAAUCAUGUCAAUACACAUACUGGGACCAAGCCACAUCACUGUAAAUUUUGUGAUAGUGCAUUCACAACCUCCGGUGAACUUGUUAGACAUGUUCGAUAUAGGCACACUCAUGAAAAGCCACAUAAAUGUCAUGAAUGUGACUAUGCAUCUGUUGAAUUGUCUAAACUUAAACGUCACAUUCGAUGUCAUACAGGCGAACGUCCAUAUCAGUGUCCACAUUGUACAUAUGCAAGUCCUGAUACUUUUAAGCUAAAACGACAUUUGCGUAUACAUACAGGAGAAAAACCAUACGAGUGUGACUUUUGUCAGGCAAGGUUUACACAAUCUAAUAGUUUAAAAGCUCACAAACUGAUACACAACGUUGGUGAUAAACCAGUAUUUCAAUGUGAAUUAUGUCCAACGACGUGUGGAAGAAAAACAGAUCUAAGAAUUCAUGUACAAAAAUUACAUACCUCUGAUAAACCUUUGAAAUGUAAACGCUGUGGAAAAACAUUCCCAGACAGAUAUAGCUACAAGUUGCACAGUAAAACACACGAAGGAGAAAAGUGUUAUAAAUGUGAUUUGUGCCCAUAUGCUUCUAUAUCUGCGCGUCAUCUCGAGAGCCACAUGUUAAUUCAUACUGAUCAGAAACCAUAUCAAUGUGAUCAUUGCUUUCAAUCAUUCAGGCAAAAACAACUUCUCAAACGGCAUUGUAAUUUAUAUCAUAAUCCUUCUUAUGUUCCUCCUCCACCACAAGAGAAGACACAUCAAUGUCCCGAAUGUGAACGGCCGUUUAGACAUAAAGGAAAUCUUAUUCGGCACAUGGCUGUUCAUGAUCCAGAAUCAUCUCUUCAAGAAAAACAACAAGCAUUAAAGAUGGGCAGACAGAAAAAAAUCCAAAUUAUAGAUGGGCAAAGAGUUGAAGUCAUGACAGGUGAUUUAGCUUCUAAACUUAAAGGUUAUGAAGAAGAAGAAGAAGAUGAAGAUGACAUGAUGGCGGUCGAAGGAAGCGAUGGUCAACAGUACGUUGUAUUGGAAGUCAUACAACUAGCUGACAAUCAAGGAACGGAUCAACAGAUGGCCGUUGUAGCCAGCGAAGAUGGAGAUUUAGUGAUGCAAGAUCCUUUGAGUCAAGAAAGUGGGAUUGUGACUGGUACAGGCGAAGAAGGGGAUGAAGCAGAAGAAGAAGAAAUCGAAAUAGAUCAAUUAAAAAUGGAACCAGGGACACCCAAUAAAUCUUCAUCUCAAAACACGCAAAGUGACCCAAAGUUACAGAAAGAAAUGGAAACCUGUUUCGGUUUUGACGAGGAAGAAGAAGAAGAAGAAGAAGAAGAGGCCAAUGCUAACAUAAAUAUAUUGCAGACAAUUUCGUAAUAAGAAGCAUGAAUAUCAGAAAAUUUAUCUACGUAAUAGUCAAAUGUUUUAUCUCUCUCGCAGUAACAAUGUAUAUACUGCGAGUGCAAUUUAAUAUUAUUUAAAGAUUUUGAGCAUAGCUCCAAUGGAGCCAAUUUUUGGGGCCAGAGUGGUCUAUAUGAAUGGUACAAGAACAAUUUUUGCCAUUAGUGCGUUAGAUGUACGUAAUAAUUUAUGAAGAAACAGUAGUUUUGUGGUUUAGCAAAAUAUGACACAGAUGUACAAUUAUAACAAUGUAAAAUACUUUACUUUAUCAUCAGUAAAAAUCCUCUUUCAAAAAUCGUAAACCAGCAAGACCAUUACUAAUGAAAAUAAACAUUAUUAACGUAGGUUAUAUAAAUAUUUUUAAAUAAUUUAUGUUAAUAUAAAAAUAUAGAAUUUAGCAAAACAUUUGAAUUGAUCGGUUAUUGUUGGUACGUGGUUAAUGGAAAUUACAGAAAUUACAGAAAUUACAGAGUAAAGUGAGGCUGCGGUGUAUAUAAUUGCUUGUCAUUACAUUUCAUUUUAUAGAUAAAUUUCAUUCUAUAAAUAAUUAGAGAAAAGAGCAAGCAAUAAAUUGAAUGAUCGAGUUUUGCGAUAUUUAAUAUAAAUGAUAUCUGCAUAUAGGAAUGUAUAUAAUAAGGUAUUUGUAAUACAAAAAAAAAAAAGUUAGAAAUUUUUCAUUGAUCUGGAAAAUGUUACAUUUGUGAUUGUAUAGAAGUAUUUCAUAGUAAUAAUAAACGAUCAUCCUAUGAAUAAGUAAGAAUAUAUACUUAACAAGCAUGACUAUCAUGCCUGUGUGAAUAUUGGAUAAAGUAAAUGGCAGAAAGUAACUUGGUGUUAAGUAUAAUCGACAAUUAGUAUAAUUAUGAUAAUUUUUUUUAUUUUAUCUUUUUUUAAUUAUGUUUCUUUCAAAACAUGAAAUUUUUAGACUGCACCUUCCUUUCCAUGCUAAUCACAACUACUACAAAGUAGCAAAACGCGAACGUACCAAUAAGAAAAUGUUGCAUAUACAUAUUUUGUAUGCAUGAAUGAAACUUUUAAUUAGCUGAAUCUGCUUACAUUCUGUCGUUUUGUGACAGUUUAGUUCAUCGUAUGAUUUUUUCUUUUUUUUUGUGAUUACGUAGCAUGGAAAACAAUAGUUUCCUAUCGAUACGAAUUACAUUAUAGAUUUCUCUUAUCCGAUUUCUUGUAAACAAUAUUCUUACACAGAGUUUUUCAUAAAUUGUUGCACGUGAGCUAUUAUAUGUACCUUAUGGAAUCAAGGAGAAAUUGAUGUUGUAAAAAUCCUGUAAAAUUUUUUUACACUCGAAUUGUAUAAUUGUAUGAUUGUACAAUUGAUAAUUACGUGCUAUUGUAAGCUGAAGCAUACAAUAUUCCAAAGAAAAAAAUGGUGUAGCAUUUUUCUCUAUAAUAAACAUUAUGUCAUCGA